UGUUUUGCUCUUCGAAGCCCAAAUUACAUUUUUUUUUUCCUUUCCUCAUCAGUUGAGAAAGACUGUCUCAGUUAAAGAUUUUUGUUUUUGUUCCAGUGUUAUGUUUCGAGACCAACAAAAAAUAAAACUUUUUGACUUUUUAGUUUUUAGUUUUUUUCCAAAAGCAAACGACAGUAAGUAAAAAACGCCGUAAACAAUUUCAUCAAAAACCACCAACAAGAACACAAAAUCUCCGAAAAAAAAACACACUAAUCUCUCUCUCCUCGAUGUCUGAUCAGCAGCUAGAAACAACGGAGAUCAACUUCUGGGGAGAGACUUCAGAAGAAGACUACUUCAACCUCAAAGGCAUCAUCGGCUCCAAAUCUUUCUUCACUUCCCCUCGAGGUCUCAAUCUCUUCACUCGUUCAUGGCUUCCCUCUUCCUCUUCUCCGCCCCGUGGUCUCAUCUUCAUGGUCCAUGGCUACGGAAAUGACGUCAGCUGGACUUUCCAGUCCACUCCCAUCUUUCUAGCUCAGAUGGGUUUCGCUUGCUUUGCUCUCGACAUCGAAGGUCAUGGCAGAUCUGACGGUGUCCGCGCCUAUGUUCCUUCCGUAGAUCUAAUCGUCGAUGACAUCAUCUCGUUCUUCAAUUCGAUUAAGCAGAACCCUAAGUAUCAUGGCUUACCUCGAAAAUCUCUGACAAGGUGAGACCUAAAUGGCCGAUUGAUCAGUUUCUGAUUAUGAUCUCCAGAUUCUUGCCGACUUGGGCGAUUGUUCCGACGGAAGAUCUGUUGGAGAAAUCGAUCAAAGUGGAAGAGAAGAAACCGAUUGCCAAGAGGAAUCCGAUGAGGUACGGUGAGAAACCGAGGUUAGGUACAGUGAUGGAGCUGCUUAGGGUUACUGAUUACUUAGGGAAGAAGCUAAAAGAUGUCAGCAUUCCCUUCAUUGUUGUACACGGAAGUGCAGAUGUUGUCACUGAUCCUGAAGUAAGCAGAGAGCUGUACGAAGAUGCUAAGAGCAAAGACAAGACAUUGAAGAUCUACCAAGGUAUGAUGCAUUCCAUGUUGUUCGGUGAACCGGAUGACAACAUUGACAUUGUUCGCAAGGAUAUUGUUACUUGGUUGAAUGAUAGAUGUGCUGGAGACAAAACCCAUGUUUGAUGGAACUCAUUGUCAUUGUUGCUGUAAUGCUUGUAUAGUCAUAUUUUUAUCAUGAAACGGUAUUUGGGCAAGUGACUAGACAUUGAUGUAUAUAUCAAUCUCAUUGUUCUUACAGAGUUUUCUUGUAAUGCUCAA